UACUUAGGUUUGCUGCUACAGGCCAACUGUCAGUACUGGCUAUGGCCCAGUGUCAUAUGAAAAUGAUAAAGAAUUUGGAUUUAGUUCUAAGAAAAUGUCCUGUGUUUUGGAUGGUAAUCUGUCAACUUCUCUGUGUUUCAGCCAGAAUAUGGCCCUUAAGGCAGCCUGAGGUUAGCAUCAGUCCCAUUAAUGUGACCGAGGGAGACAAUGUCACUUUCCAUUGUAAGAUCAAAUACAAUGGCAAGGUGGAAAUCAACUGGGCUGUCCCCCACACUUACCAAAAAACAGCAAGGAAAGAAUUACAGCAACAGAGUGAAAGAAUGCAUGAUUAUAAAGAUGAAGAGGAGAAUAUUGAAGCUAUCUACAAUAUAUCCUCUCGGGCCAUGAUACUGACUAACGUGUCCAAACAAGACGAAGGAAACUACACCUGCAAGGUAAUAGAUGCGUCCUACAACCGCAACAACAUAUAUGCCCAUCCAAGGCAAUCCAAGUAUAAGGCUAUCCAACUAUCUGUCAUCCCAGCAGGUGUCCCUAAACUUGACUUGGAUAUAAGAGGUUAUUACAACAAAAGUACGAUGCGGAUCUCAGAGAAGCUAACAGAGGCUAUCAUACUGGUAGAUAUCACCUCUAACCCUCCUCCUCUAUCCAUUGUUUGGUACGAUAACAAGAUGAAUCCAAUUCUUUCGAAUCGAGGGGACUAUAAGGUUGAGUACAGUCUUACUCUUGCCACACUAAUAAUUGAUCAUCCAAUGAUAGGACACUCAGGGAUCUACGUCCUGGAAGUGAAAAACAAGUAUUUGAAGAACAAUGUUGUUAUCAAAGUCAAAGUAUAAACAAUGUCGAGGUAAAUCUAUACUUUUGUGUCCAUAACGUUCCAAGCAGCCUGGCCCCUAUUAUAGGUAUGACAUUAUAUUUAUAUUGCUGCUAUGAUAUCAAUCAACCGAACUUGUAAAUGUGUAAAUAUAUAAAUCUGAACUGCAGAAAACAUUUUCAUAAAAUAAAGUAAACAUUGAACUGGAUAAACGACAAAACAAUACUGAAGAUAACAGCUGUUUAUGAUUGAUUGUCUAUUAGUGUUCCUAAUAGCAACAAUAACUCCAACUAAGUUUGCAACGAUGAAAUUUCCAUUCACUGAUGCCUAAAUAGGAACUUUCUUAAGUUUUGACAUAACCUCUACUUUAUAAAUUGUAAACUAACAAAGAACUUAACUUCAUUGCAGGCUGAAUUUUAAGCAACCUCAACUAAGUGUACUUUGAGACUGCCUGCUUAAAGUAGCUUAAGAAGUGAAGAAGAAAGAACCUUAAACAUUAAACAUAUUGUGAGCUUUCUUUGUCCCACCAUUGACUGUUGAUACAACUAUACCAUCCACAUGUUAAAACUGAGUAUUCGAAUUUGAUAAACCAAUAGUCAUUAAAUAUUUUACAUAAUAAAAUAUGUAUCGUAACUUCUUACGUGUUUUGCUCAAGAAAUAUAUAGUUCAGUUGGAAUACAA